UUCAAGUCUUCUUCUCCUUCUCUCUCUCUCUCCCUCUGUCUGUCUCUGUCCUCUUCUUGUUCACUCCCUCUCUUGCUUUUGACUUGCAGCUUCUAAUUCACUAAAAGGAAACGAAUGUUAACCAUUGAGUCUUAACCAGAAAGACUUGCAAAUCCUAGCAAACUUUUUCUACUGGUUUUGUCAUUAUGGCUGGGAUAUGUUUUUCUUGGUAAUCACAGAUGGGAUCCUUGUUAGCAUAUGAUUCAAGCCUAAAGUUUCAAUCUCGGUAAGUUCUCCCCAUCUUUUUCCAGAAAAUACAAUGGACUGGAUUUUCCAUGAAAUUAAGCAAAGAAGCUUGCUUUCUCCAUCAGAGCAGCCAUAUUAUCUCCCUCAAUCAUCACCAUUAAUGCCUCCACCGCAAAAUUUGCGUUCUGAUAGUUUCAAUUUGAAUAACAAGGUUAGUCCGAGUAUAUUACUCAUCAUUAUAAUCCUAGCUAUCAUUUUCUUUGUUUCUGGUUUGCUUCACCUUUUAGUUAGAUUUCUUUUAAGACCUCCCAAUAGAGAGCCAGAAGAUAUAGACAAUGUGACUGCUCUUCAAGGGCAGUUGCAACAACUAUUCCAUCUCCAUGAUGCUGGUGUUGACCAAUCUUUUAUAGAUACUCUCCCUAUUUUCCACUACAAAGCCAUCAUAGGAGUAAAGAACCCAUUUGACUGUGCUGUUUGCUUGUGUGAAUUUGAGCCUGAAGACAAGCUUAGAUUACUACCAAAAUGCAGCCAUGCCUUCCACAUGGAGUGUAUUGACACUUGGCUUUUGUCUCAUUCCACAUGCCCUCUGUGUAGAGCUAGCUUACUCCCGGAUUUCUCUCCAAAUAAUAGCUGUUCACCCAUUGUUCUUGUUCUUGAAUCUGGGAGUGAAAGCUCAAGAGAGAUUGUCACUGAUAGAGAAGGUGCUCUAGGCAGAACCAAUUCAGUUGUGAGAUCAAAUUCCCAUCUGGGUCUUUGUCGAGACAUUGAAUUGGGGUCAUCCCAGCGUAAAUCAUGUGAAAUCCUGGAAAAAGAUGAAGUCAACCCAACAGUGGCGGUGGAUUCUGGGGAAAAAGUGGUGCCUGUUCGGCUAGGAAAGUUUAGGAAUGUUGAUGGUGGCGAAAGCAGCGGUAACAAUAAUGUGGAUGCUAGGAGGUGUUUCUCAAUGGGGUCCUUUGAGUAUGUAAUGGAUGAGAAUUCUUUCUUGCAAGUGCCAAUUAGAACCCCAAUGAAGAAACCAUCAAGCAAGAAGACUUCUUUGCCAUUGACACCCGGUCACCGCCCAGCAAUGUCUGAAUGUGAUUGUGAAUCAAGACGAGGGUUCAACGGUUUUGAAAUCACGAGAAACUUUGAGACGAAUGGGAGUUCUAGUGCUAGUGACAACAAUGGCAAGGCCAUUGGUAAGAGCAAGAAAGAAAGCUUCUCAAUAUCGAAAAUUUGGCUUCGGGGGAAGAAGGACAAGCAGAAUAUUACAGAGGAUUCAUCCAGGAGGGCCUUUUCAUUUCGAUUUUCGGUGCAUCAGAAUGUUGCUGCUACUGCUGCUGCUGAUGAUGAUAGCAUGAAGGUGAAUGGUAUUGCAGGUGCCAGGGAUGCAAUCUCUGAGAUAGACUCUGGCAGGUGGGGAAAUGGAGGGAGUGAAUUAGGUUUUGACGAGGAAAAUCAGAGCUGCUAUAGCUUAGAUUCACAAGCCAAAACACCAUCUUUUGCGAGGAGGACUAUACUGUGGUUAGCUGGGAGACAAAACAAGGUUGUUCACUCAUCCUUUACACCGAAGGUCUAGUUUCUUUCUUUCUUUCUUUUUUCCCUUUUUUUUUUUUUUUCCUUUGGAUUCUUUUUCUAGAAAAGUUCUCUUUGAUUUCUUCAUUGAGAAGGCAAAAUUGGAUGAUCGUGUAGUAGGAAACGGAAAGAGAAAAGCAAGAAGAGAGAAAACGAAAAAGAGAGGAGGUUCUAUUGAAAGAAAUCUUGGCACAAAAUUUUACUCA